AUGGCGACGAGGUAUAGCUCCAGGUUACGAAAGAGAAAGUGUGUUGAAGAAAUAUCACCCAUACUCGCACUACCAGCUGAAAUCUUCAUCGACAUUUUUCUAAGCCUCCCUGUCGAGACUAUAAUGCAGUGCAGGUCGGUUUGCAAAACUUGGCGUGACUUGCUUUCAACUCCUUAUUUUGCACACCUGCACUUUUCCAAGGCACAACCCAGAAGCCUCUUGUUUUUUUGUCCUUGUUCAGGCAUAAAAACUAGCAAAAAAUCUAAGCGAUUUUAUUGUGAUAUCCAUAGUCGUCGUAGCAGUAAUAUCAAUGAUGCCACGGUGAGCACGCCAGCGAAACUUAACCUCCUGAAAUUCACCGAUCAUGGCGAAGUUGUGGGUUCGAGUAAUGGCUUGCUUUGUAUUUCGGAAAUUGUCCGUAAGAACAAACUUUACAUCUGCAAUCCUCUUACAGGAGAAUACGUUGAGAUUCCUGGACCAGAAGUAGAGAAAGGAUGGCAUGCUUCUAAACCAAUUGAGUUUUUCUAUAGUCCACAAAAGAACCAGUACAAGAUUCUAAUGUAUAGAGAAAGAAAAGGUCAUGGCUUUCAAAAAUCAGGACAGAUUUUCACACUUGGAAGCAAUUCUUGGAGAAAUAUUGAUAUCCCAGAACACCGUAAGCUUCACACAGCUAAGCGAUAUAUAAGCUCUUUUGACAUGGAGAAUGAACAAGCCCGGAGUAUUGCAGUUCCUGAUCAUAUAGACCUGAGUACUGCCUGUUUAGUGGUGUUAGGGAAUUUUUUGUGUUUAUAUGAUAAUGGUUACCCUCAAUUUAGCAUAUGGCUGAUGAAAGAAUAUGGAGUUGAGGAGUUUUGGAAACAUUAUGUUGUUCAAAGAUCACCAAAUUCUCAUUAUAGACCAAUUACAGUAAAAGAAGAUGGCAGCAUUUUGAUGAAACAUAAUUCAACGACUUUGAUUUCAUAUGAACCAGAGACAAAAAAAUCUAGAGCACUGUAUCAGUUUGGCCCUACAGGUGUUGUUCUUCACACUCCAUCCUUUGUUUCCUUAAAAGAUCUUUUGAUUGGAGGCUGCUGCAAGGUUCUUAAUGUUAGGGACAGGAAAAGACGCUCAACAAUUAACAUUCUGGAGUUCUAG